CUGGGAGGGGGAGCCUGGGGUUCCGACGUCGCGACGGAGGGAACGAGCCCUAACCGGAUCGCUGAGGCACAACCGGUGCCCGGCUCGGUGUCGCCUGACCGCGUCGGCUAGGAGAGGCCAGGCGGCCCUCGGGAGCCCAGCUGCUCGCACCUGGAGCCAGCGCAGCCCGGCCAGUCGGGCCUCAGCCCGGGAGACAGUUACGCCCCCUGAUUGCGGCAGGAUGGCCCAAUGGAACCAGCUGCAGCAGCUGGACACGCGUUACCUGGAGCAGCUGCACCAGCUGUACAGUGACAGCUUCCCCAUGGAGCUGCGGCAGUUCCUGGCACCUUGGAUUGAGAGUCAAGAUUGGGCAUAUGCAGCCAGCAAAGAGUCACAUGCCACUUUGGUGUUUCAUAAUCUCUUGGGUGAGAUUGACCAGCAGUAUAGCCGAUUCCUGCAAGAGUCCAAUGUCCUCUAUCAGCACAACCUGCGGAGAAUCAAGCAGUUCCUACAGAGCAGGUAUCUUGAGAAGCCGAUGGAAAUUGCCCGGAUCGUGGCCCGAUGCCUGUGGGAAGAGUCUCGCCUCCUCCAGACGGCAGCCACUGCAGCCCAGCAAGGAGGCCAGGCCAACCACCCAACAGCUGCUGUGGUGACAGAGAAGCAGCAGAUGCUGGAGCAGCAUCUUCAGGAUGUCCGGAAGCGUGUGCAGGAUCUAGAACAGAAAAUGAAAGUGGUAGAGAAUCUCCAGGAUGACUUUGAUUUCAACUAUAAAACCCUCAAGAGUCAAGGAGACAUGCAGGAUCUGAAUGGAAACAACCAGUCUGUGACCAGGCAGAAGAUGCAGCAGCUGGAACAGAUGCUCACGGCGCUGGACCAGAUGCGGAGAAGCAUUGUGAGUGAGCUGGCGGGGCUUUUGUCGGCAAUGGAGUAUGUGCAGAAAACACUUACAGACGAGGAACUGGCUGACUGGAAGAGGCGGCAGCAGAUCGCGUGCAUUGGAGGCCCUCCCAACAUCUGCCUGGAUCGCCUGGAAAACUGGAUAACUUCAUUAGCAGAAUCUCAACUUCAGACCCGCCAACAAAUUAAGAAACUGGAGGAGCUGCAGCAAAAAGUGUCCUACAAGGGGGACCCUAUUGUGCAGCACCGGCCAAUGCUGGAGGAGAGGAUCGUGGAGCUGUUCAGAAACUUAAUGAAGAGUGCCUUCGUGGUGGAGCGACAGCCCUGCAUGCCGAUGCACCCUGACCGGCCCUUGGUCAUCAAGACCGGUGUCCAGUUCACUACUAAAGUCAGGUUGUUGGUCAAAUUUCCUGAGUUGAAUUAUCAGCUUAAAAUUAAAGUGUGCAUUGACAAAGAUUCUGGGGAUGUUGCUGCUCUCAGAGGAUCUCGGAAAUUUAACAUUCUGGGCACAAACACGAAGGUGAUGAACAUGGAAGAGUCCAACAACGGCAGUCUGUCUGCGGAGUUCAAGCACUUGACCCUGAGGGAGCAGAGAUGUGGGAAUGGGGGCCGUGCCAACUGUGAUGCCUCCUUGAUUGUGACUGAGGAGCUGCAUCUGAUCACCUUCGAGACUGAGGUGUACCACCAAGGCCUCAAGAUUGACCUAGAGACCCACUCUUUGCCAGUUGUGGUGAUCUCCAACAUCUGUCAGAUGCCAAAUGCCUGGGCAUCCAUCCUGUGGUAUAACAUGCUGACCAACAACCCCAAGAACGUGAACUUCUUCACCAAGCCACCAAUUGGAACCUGGGACCAAGUGGCCGAGGUGCUCAGCUGGCAGUUCUCAUCUACCACAAAGCGAGGGCUGAGCAUUGAGCAGCUGACCACGCUGGCCGAGAAGCUCUUAGGCCCUGGUGUCAACUACUCCGGGUGUCAGAUCACAUGGGCUAAAUUUUGCAAAGAAAACAUGGCUGGCAAGGGCUUCUCCUUCUGGGUGUGGCUAGACAAUAUCAUUGACCUUGUGAAAAAGUAUAUCUUGGCCCUUUGGAAUGAAGGGUACAUCAUGGGUUUCAUCAGCAAGGAGCGGGAGCGGGCAAUCCUGAGCACGAAGCCCCCGGGCACCUUCCUGCUGAGAUUCAGCGAGAGCAGUAAAGAAGGAGGGGUCACUUUCACUUGGGUAGAAAAGGACAUCAGUGGCAAGACCCAGAUCCAGUCUGUAGAGCCGUACACCAAGCAGCAGCUGAACAACAUGUCAUUUGCUGAAAUCAUCAUGGGCUAUAAGAUCAUGGAUGCCACCAACAUCCUGGUGUCCCCAUUGGUCUACCUCUACCCUGACAUUCCUAAGGAGGAGGCAUUCGGGAAGUACUGUCGACCAGAGAGCCAGGAGCAUCCUGAAGCUGACCCCGGUAGUGCUGCCCCUUACCUGAAGACCAAGUUCAUCUGUGUGACACCAACGACCUGCAGCAAUACCAUUGACCUGCCGAUGUCCCCCCGCACUUUAGAUUCCUUGAUGCAGUUUGGAAAUAACGGUGAAGGUGCCGAGCCUUCGGCAGGAGGGCAGUUUGAGUCACUCACGUUUGACAUGGAUCUGACUUCGGAGUGCACUACCUCCCCCAUGUGAGGAGCCUUCACUGGAAGCUGCAGAGAUGACUGAGGCUCCUGCCCCGGGUUCCACCCUUAAGCAGUCAAACCCCAGAUCAUCUGAAACUCCUAACUUGGUGGUUCCAGAUUUUUUUUUUUAAUCUCUACUUCUGCUAUCUUUGAGCAAUCUGGGCACUUUUUAGAGAAACGAGUGAGUGUGGGUGAUGUGCUUUUAUGUAAAGAGGAGAGGAUUCUCUGAGUCUGUGAUGGGGGUGUGAGAGCGGGAGGCUGGAGGAAGAAAAAGGAAAUGCCUGUGUUCUGUUCCCGCCCUCCUUUCUCGGCGGCGGCGGUGGCGUCUGUUUGUUGUUAGAGACAAGUGCCUCCCGGUGCCCAUGGCAUCUUUUGCCCAUUUCUGUGAGCUGACACCCCAGGCUGCCUGCAGCUGAGGACUCUUGGCGUUGCACUUUUAACCUUGCUAAUGUCCAAACAGAAGAUAGGACUAAGCCCAUAGGUUUCUUUUUAAAUUAAAAAAAAAAAAAAAAGUAAUAAGAAUUAAAGGGCAAAACACACUGAGACAGCA